GAAAAACGACUACACCGGAAUGAAUGUGACUCGUUCCCAAAGUUUGCUGCUUCCUUCCAAAUCCGCUUUUCGCUAAUUCUCGUCGCCAAGAACUCAUCAGAGCAGAGGAGCUCGCCGGACAAGGCCAUGGGGCCACCAAGACCAGCCAGGGGAGUCAUCAGCAUCGAGGCGUGCGCGCGGCCGAUCGCCGUCGACCACCGCAUCAGGCUCCCCUACUACUUCCGCAUCGCGGGCUCCCUCCUCCGCCAGGCCAAGAUAUAUCGGGAUGAGAAGAACAUCCUCGACUUGUAUGUCAUCCUCCUGAGAUACACGAGCUUGCUGUGCGAGACGAUCCCGAAGCACCGUGACUACCCUGUGUUCAAGUCGAGAGAAGCUGAGUUCUUGAGGAAUGCUAACUCCGCCACACUCAUUGAUGUUGUCAAUGAGCUUGAGUCUCUGAAGCCAGUUGUGAAGCGGCAGAUCGCUGAGUAUAACAGAGGAGGUUCUGUUGAAGCUAAUGGUCUAAAUGGAACCCACACCAUAAGUCAAAGGACAGAGCAGCAUCCUCGAACCACAUAUUCCACUCAGCCACUUGUAGGAAGCAACAGUGGAUCAUUGGAAAAAUUCAUCCCAGGUGGAAGACAUCAAGCGACAUCAUUACCGAGUGUCCAAACUGAUAGGCAGAUUCGCAAACAAUUUGCAAAUCUGCCUUUUCCAAAAGAAGAAACACUAGCUAGACACUCCAUAUUAGGACCUAAUGGGCUCCAAGGACAAUGGACUGGGCCUGUUACGGCAAUCAAGGUCCAAUAUCCAAGCAAUCUUGAAUUUACACAAAGCGAUAUGACAAGUUUAGUGCCAGUUAUGUUGAACCAAGAUGUUCUGCAUGGUUCCAGUACCAUGUAUCCGGAUAGCACUACAAAGGAUAAUGAUGAUAUGAAAAAUGUUCUGUCUCUUGAUGAUGGUCGAUGGUCUGCACCAGCAGAAGAAUGCACCUCUGUGCCUUCUGUUAGUCUGGACGGAGAACUGUCACAAUUGAAUAUCAGACAACCUUCACCCCCGCCAGUCCUGGCAGAGGUGCAUCCUGAGCGUAGACCAAUUUCUCCAUCGAGAAUUGCUGAUCCAACACCAGGACUUGCUAUAUCAGAGACCGGCCGUUAUCAGAACUUGCAUGUUCCGGUGAAGUUGAUGGAGUGUUUUCUAAGGGUUGCCGAGUCAAACACCAAAAGAAGUUUAGAAACAUGUGGGGUUCUUGCUGGUACCCUGAAGAAGAGAACUUUUUAUGUCACAACCUUAAUAAUUCCAAAGCAGAAAUCUACAUCUGAUUCAUUCUCUUUUUACAGUGUGAAGCCACAAAUGAAGAAGAACUAUUCGAAGUUCAGGACACCGGCUCACUUUUCACUCUUGGUUGGAUCCAUACACAUCCAACACAGUCCUGUUUCCUCUCUUCCAUUGAUCUCCAUAAUCAUUAUUCGUAUCAGGUCAUGCUACCGGAGGCAAUUGCGAUAGUUAUGGCACCUACCGACACAAGAAAAAAACAUGGUAUAUUUCAUCUAACGGAUCCAGGCGGCAUCGGUGUGAUCCAAGAUUGCCCAGAGAGAGGUUUCCAUCCGCACAAGGCACCUCUAGACGGCUCACCAAUCUAUGAGCAUUGCUCCCAUGUGUACAUGAAUGCCGAUACGAAGUUUGAUAUGAUUGAUCUCAGAGAGCGGUGAGAGAUAUCGACUUCAGUCAUCAUAGUUUGGAGGCUAUACUUUUGGCAGUUGAACAAAUCAUCUGCCUCUAUUCUUUCAACUUGCUGAAGACUUGCGAAUCCUGAUGUAAGUGAUUGUACAUAGCAUGUAUAGAGAUAUGUGGAAUCAAUGAUCAUUGAUAUCUCUUGGAAAUUGAUGAUUGGCUGUGUAGCUCCUUUUACCUCGACAUGUAUGUUUGUGAGACAAGAUGUGAAGUGUUCAAUCUCACUUCAUGCCAGGUUAAUUGUAAACGCAUUGUAUGUUUUGCUCCACUAUUCUAAAAUUCGUUGAUUGUUUUAUC